UGAAUGGACGUGAAGUGAGUCAGAGACACUUCCUGAAAAUUUAAAAAGAAUGGUUAUGUUAAAAAAUAGCCAUGCCUCUUUGUUUUCGCCGGAUUAAGGAUGAUCGAUAGUAUCUUUAUCAAAGUGUUUCAUAAAUUAUAUGGUUGCCAUUCUCCACAAUGUGACAAAUUUUGUGAUUCGACUAUCUGGCUCAGUUGUAAGGAAAACUGAGCUGAAAUUUGGAUUUUAUUGUUUUUAAACAUAAUGGGAAACUCUGGUAGUAAACAAGAUAAUCAUAACAAACAUCCAGAAUUAAGGUAUUCCAGUAUGCCGAUUCGAAUGCCAAUGCCGGAGGACCCGGACGAAUUAGAAAAGCGCUUUACAAAAGUGCUGAAUUCCAUGGACCUCCCGCCAGACAAGGCAAAGCUUCUAAAGAACUAUGAUGACGAAAAGAAGUGGGAACUGGUCUGUGAUCAGGAGCGUGUACAUGUUAAGAAUCCACCAGAUGCCUACCUGACCAAACUGCGGACAUACCUCGACCCUCGGUCAACCAGGAGUACAAAGAUUUCGCGAAAGGGAAUGCGUGAGAGUCGAAAGCGAAUGUCAUUUAAGCGAAAAAUGCUGGGUGACACAAGUUCCACUCAAGUUCUUCGAGACUUGGAAAUAUCAUUACGCACCAACCAUAUAGAGUGGGUCCGGGAGUUUCUCAGUGAAGAGAACCAGGGCUUGGAUAUUCUAGUGGACUACCUGUCUUUUACGCAGGUCGUUAUGAGACGAGAACAGCUCUUAAAUCGAGAGAAGAGUUCAAGCUUGGAUUCCGGUCUAGCGCGUGGUUCGUUACGAGGUUUAAAACGGUCGAACACUGUAUCUGGGUCCAAGGGCAUCACGCGUUACACACAGAAACUCAACAUGGGGGAGGCGCGGGACGAUGUCCAUGUCUGCAUCAUGUGUUUACGGGCCAUCAUGAAUCACCAGUAUGGUUUCAACCUGGUGAUCGCCCACACUCACGCCAUCAACUGUAUCGCUCUCAGUCUCAACCAUAGGAGUAUGAGGACCAAGGCUCUAGUUUUAGAGCUGUUAGCUGCGGUCUGUCUUGUGAGUGGAGGACACGAGAUUAUCCUGUCUGCAUUCGACAACUUCAAAGAGGUUUGUGCGGAGAGGCAUCGGUUUGAGACUCUUAUGGAUUACUUCAAAAACUACGAGGAAUUCCACAUAGAUUUCAUGGUUGCUUGUAUGCAGUUUGUCAACAUAGUUGUACAUUCUGUAGAGAAUAUGAACUUCCGGGUCCACUUACAACAUGAAUUUUCCAUCAUCGGCUUAGAUUCUUAUCUCGAGAAACUUAAGCACACGGAGAGUGACAGAUUAGCUGUUCAGGUACAUGCCUACCUAGACAAUAUGAUAGAUGUCGCUGCGCUGUUAGAAGACUCAGAGACAAAAACUGAAGCUCUUGAGAAGGCUGCUGAACUAGAAGAUGAGGUCUCGCGGGUGAAUGAGAGACUACAAGAUGUUGAAGAAGAGAUGAUGGCUAAGACUGUGGAGCUAGAGAAACAGCUGUCUGAUACUCUUACAGACCUGGAGGAGGUUCGGGAGUCCUUACGACAGGGUGAAGCGGAGAACUCCGCCCUUCGAGAAGCGAUCAACCAGAAAGAAUCAGAGUCUCAAAAACAACUCAGCACACUCGACGCAAAACUGCAGGAACUUGAGAACCUUAAAAAGAACAUAGGAUCUGGCGUGGGAGCAGCAGGUGCCGCUGGUGCAUCAGGGGCCGUAGUUGCCCCACCACCGCCGCCACCACCCCCUGCCCCUGUGAUGCCACCUCCCCCACCUCCUCCUCCUCCAGCCCCAGGGGGAAUGGCGCCCCCUCCACCCCCACCUGCACCUGGAGCUGGGCCUCCUGGACCAAACUCAAUGACCAUUAAGAAAAAGAUCCAAACCAAGUACCGGUUACCGGUUCUCAACUGGACGCCCAUGAGACCACAGCAAGUGCGGGGAACUGUGUUUGCUGACCUUGAUGACGAGAAAUUGUACAGGGUGAUAGACUUCAAUGAGUUUGAAGAGACGUUUAAACUGGGUGUCAUUGGCGGCUUAAAGGGCGGUGACACUACGCCCAAAACCCUCAAGAGGAAAAAGCCUGAGUCCAUUACACUGCUUGAACCCAAUAGGAUGAGGAAUGUGGCCAUCACGAGAAGAAAAAUUGAGCUGAGCAACGAUGAGAUUAUCAGAGCUAUUGUAAAUAUUGACCUCAAAGUAUUAUCGAUUGACAUGGUGGACAUUUUCCAAACAGUGCUUCCAAAUGAACAAGAGAUAAAAGCUUUCAAGAUGUAUGAGAGGGAUCGUAAACCUGUGGACAUGCUCUCCGAUGAAGACAAGUUCAUGCUACAGUUGACGAAGGUUGACCGACUGUCCCAGAGGCUGCAAGUUAUGAGCUUUAUUGCAAACUUCCAUGAUGAUAUUCAUCACCUACAACCUCAAAUCAAUGCCAUCAUUGCAGCUUCUAUGUCAUUACGGAAUUCUCCAAAAAUUCGAAAGCUCUUGGAGAUUAUCCUUGCGUUUGGUAACUACAUGAACAGUGCCAAGAGAGGGGCGGUGUAUGGCUUCAAACUACAGAGUCUUGACAUGUUGAUGGACACAAAGACAGCAGACAAGAAGCUGACGUUGAUGCAUUUCCUUGUGGACACUGUCCAGCUCAGGUUUAGCGACAUACUCAACUUUGAGUCUGAACUCCGGUUCAUAGAAAAGGCAGCUCUAGUUUCGAUGGAAAACAUGACCACAGACAUUCACAUGCUGGAAAAGGGGAUGGACCUAACCCGUAAGGAGUUUGAACUUCGGAGAGGGUCACGUGACCAGCCCAUGAUACUGAAGGACUUCCUGGCUAACUCUGAGGACAAACUACGCAAACUGCUCAGCGAUGCCAAGACUGCUCAGGACGCCUACUCCAGGGUGGUGGAAUAUUUCGGAGAGAGUGCAAGAUCAGUUUCCCCAUCCACAUUCUUCUCACAAUUUGUCCGAUUUGUUAAUGCUUUCAAGCAAGCGGUAGUGGACAAUGAACGUCGACGGAAACUUGAAAACUCUGUGUACGGCCAUGAUGAGAUGAUGAUGGUUGCCAGCAAGAAAGAGAAGAAACAGGUUCAGGAAGCAAUGGUUUCGGAGUUGAAGCAGCGUAAUAGGCAAAUUAAGGACAAGAAGUUGUUAAACAAGGAUGAAGUCUAUCAUGGUGCUCUCGAGGACAUUUUGCUAGACUUGAAGAACGAGCCUUACCGACGCGCAGACGCAGUUAAGAGAAGUCAACGACGGAAAGUGGAAAACCUUACGCCUGCUGCACGUGCAAACAACAUGUUCUGAUUCUCAAUCAAUAUCUCUAUCUGUCAAAGAUUUAAGGUCAUCGCCAUAUAGAAGAGCGGAUGCUGUUCGUCGCAGCCAGAGACGCAGUGCAGACUCUGGGGGGCGUUAUAGCAGUGGUCGCUGAACAUAGACAUUUUAAAACACCUACUGUAUAGUGGAAUUCUUAGGAAACAAAUUUUGAUUCAAGGAUGUAAUCAUGCCGAACAGUGAACUCGGAUGAUUCAAGACAUUGAAAUACUUGUAUGUGCAUCAUAGGAACUCGAGAAGGCGAAACAUAUGUGCCACAGCUGUGCAAGUGCUGAAUAUGUGGACUGCAUUAUAGCUCCAGUCACUGAAAUACCAAAUACAUUCAAAAACAUUUUUGAGUACACGAGGAGGCAGAAGAAACAAACACUUGAGUCAAAGACAUCCGCAAGCUGAACAUGUUGGCCACAUUAAAACUCCAGUCCCUAAAAAAACAACAUUCAAAAACAUUCAUGUUAACAAGAAGGGAGAGGAAUCGAACAUUCGAGUUGCAGACAUUCACAACCUGAACAGGUUGGCCACUUUAAAGCUCCAGUCACUGAAAUACCAAAUACUCAAAAACAUUCAAGUUCACCAGAAGGCAUGAGAAAAACAACAUUGGAUAUAUACACAAGCUGAACUUGUUGGCCAAGUUAAAGCUUCAGUCACUGAAAAAACAAACAUUAAAAAACGUUCAAGUUCACAAGAAGAUAGAAGGAUCCAGCUUUUGAGCCAUGGACUUGUAUACACGCUAAACAAGUUGUCUGCAGUAUAGCUUCAGUCACUGAUAAAACAAAUCAUUCAAAAACAUUCAAGUUCACAAGGAGGAAGAAGAUCUGUGAGUCGCAGAUGUACACAUGCUGAAAACUCACAGAGGCACCUGACAUGCUAGUUUCAUCACUAAGUUUGAGUUUCUGUAAAUGUUCAAGCAAAUCAUCCAAUGAUUUGUGAAACCUAUAACUUUGGCCAUGCACACUUGUCUGGUGUAUUAAUAUUUUAUCUUGCCAUCAUCCAAAAGAAUACUACGCAAUUUUAAAUUAUGCCACCCCCCUACAGAAGCAAAAGUUACCCUUUUGGGGUCCAAAUUAGCGAAAAAAGACACCCAAAUAUAUACUAUUAAAUAAUUGCCUUCCCCCCGGGGUUUAUAUGUUUUACUGGAAUAGCCUAAAAAGAAAGUUACAAUGUAAUGAAGAUUUGCAGUUUGCCACUUGAGUAUGAACUCUGACUUCAGACUGGUUGUCGUCAUGGUCUAUGGUUACGAAUGGUUAUAUUUCUCUUGGAAGAGUCCAAAAUAAGACCUUUAUUACCUGUGAAUGUACAGUUUGAAUGUCCAAACUAAGACCUUUAUUACCUGUGAAUGUACAGUUUGAAUGUCCAAACUAAGACCUUUAUUACCUGUGAAUGUACAGUUUGAAUGGUAUCAUCUUAAAAUCUCUGGAAUCUCAAUUCAACUACAUGUAGUUCGACCAAGUAAUAAUUUUGUGUGAAAUUACAAGUAUAAAAAUCAUGAUGUCAAGUGGCAUUAGGAAUUAACGGAGCUUGCCUCUACAUAAUGUUGAUAGUGUCAUUAAUGUCUGCACUUUAAUGUACCAAGCAGGACAAUGUUCAGUGAAAUUUGAUUUUUAUCACUUUAAAUUAAAUGUUAUUCAGUGAUUUACAUGUAUGUGUAUCGUGUAUCUGUGUAAAUUCGGGUAAUCUUUGAAACUGUGGAAUGAUACAAAACAUUUAAACUUGGGAAAUCAUUUUUGAACAGAAAAUUACCUUGGAGAUUUUUAUAUAUUUUUUUUAAAUGUAUAAUGUAGACACUGUAUAGCAUUAUUUAUCGUAUCGUAAGUAAUAUUAUUUCGACUUACAGGCUUAUAUAUAUAUAUAUAUAUACCUUACUGAAAACUAUUCCGUCACGAACAUUGGUGCAAUGAAAUUUGAACUUAUUAAAUUGUAUGUACUACUUUGUAAUAAUCCAUCAUCGGUAACCCCGGUAUUUAUAUGUCUGCGCUAAAUUAGUAUCAUGGGAAAUUGAUUGACAAAAUCUUGUUUCAUGAAUAUUAAUGAGGUAGGGGAAAAAACUUGUUCAAUGAAAUUGCAUGUUACAAAAAGGGAUAUUUUCAUUUUUGCAAGGUAUUGUGCCUCAUAUUUUGCAGCUUAUCGAUAUUUCUACAUAUUUUCAAAAGGUUCUUUAAUUUAAUUUUACAGAUUGUUAAAAGUUUGUUUUGUAAUCCUAAUCUGGGGCCGUAUUCAAUAAACAUCUUAUAUUGAACUUAAAAUUAAGAUUAGAAACUCAGUGUUUUGAUUGGACUGUAUAUUUAGCUGACUAAUAGGCUGAAUGGAAUCACUGAGGCAUGUCUAAGGAUAAGGAUAAGAUCAAUAUUGAAGACUGGCCCUGGGUAAGAAGUUAAAGGACUCAUUUAAGCGGAACACGUCAAAUUUAGAUAAUUUAACGAUUGAAAAGGGCUCUUUUUCAAUAGUAUGAUGAUUGGUUGACAGAAAACAAACUAUGUGCAAUAUUGUGGUUUUAUAAAUGUCAUUUAAUCUGUGUUAUAUGUGACCUAUGUCAAUGUACUAUCUUUUUUUUUAAGUAAACCUCUGUUGUGUACUUGUUUUAACUUUAAAAGUCGAGUUUAAGUGUUUCUGUGAAGGGACUUAAAGGUUGUUGGGUAAUGUUUUCAUAAAAUAAAAAUUUCAAUUUAAAAUAUUCCUACCUAAAAUUUAAAAACAUGUAUUUGAAGGCACAUCUGAUUUGUGAUUUGAGUUCAUUUGGAAUUGUAAUGUAUUUGCAAAACAUAAAUGCAUAAGAAUUUCAAUGAACAUGAUAUAAAGAAGAGAUAGAAAUUUGGUGUCUUUGCAAAAGAUAGCAGUUAAUCUGGAUAAUUAAAGAUUGUAACCACUCGGAGCUUCACUUUAGAUGUUUGUAUAAUAAAUGUUCUUUAAUUCCAGUAGAUCAUUUUUGUAUGUACAGAAAUUUUAUAUAAAAUACAAUAUAUUAUCUUCAGGUUGUAAAUAUUGUUUCCAAAUUCGAAAAAUAUUAAAGGUUGUUUUGUAGGAUGGCUUUAAAGGUUGGCUUUAAAACAUUAAAAGAAAGCAUUUACUGGCUUAACAAAGGUUUUCUUUAUGUAAUAUUUUCUUAAUUCUUUAAAUUCAAAAUAUUAAAGGUUGUUUUGUAGGAUGGCUUUAAAAGAUUGCUAUAAAACAUUAAAAAGAAAGCAUUUACUGGCUUAUAGAAGUUUUUCUUAAUGUACUAUUUUCUUAUUUCUUGAUUGAAAAUAUUAAAGGUUGUUUUGUUGCUGGCUAUAAGUUAUGCUGUAAUAGAAAGCCUUUACUGGCUUGAAGAAGGUUUUCUCAAUACAUGAUCUAAACAUUCUUUAGACUGACAUUAAAACGUCAUGAAAGCGGUGACUUUAUGAUGUCACAUAUUUGCUGAUAUUGCCAAUAAACUACGAUAACAGUAACAUUUAUUCAUCCUUUUUGAUAUAUCAAAACAAUUAUAUUCAUUGUGGUAAAUCUUAUAUGGGAGUAAGAUUGCAAACUUAAUACAGAACUCAAUCUCUGGAAACUUGAGUCCCUUAUAACCUUUUUUAGCUGAGCUCACUAUUUUUGUUUUGUACUUAAUCAAUAUUAAGUAAGAAAUUUGGCGCUUUUUAAAAAAGAUAAUCAAAUAAGCUAAUUACGCUUAAGAAAUUUUGGCCCGUUUUUAACUAUUGGAAGAAGAACAGAAAUACAUACAUUAGUACAUUAUUGAUACAAGCAAUACUAUAUAUACUAAGAUAAUUUGUACUUCCAUUUUUAGAUCGUUUGAUGAAAAUGUGGCAUAGUUUUAUUAUUUGCAACAGUGUGUAUUAGGGGCUACAUAAUUACUGUCCAAAAAUGUCUUCCAAGACAAUGCUGUACACUGCAAACAUAAAGCAAUGUAGAUGGCUGGAAUAAGCAGCUAUCACUGUAGGUGUUCUGAAUGGUAGACUUAUACUGGAAUAUUUACUGCUACAUUGUAUCUUGUUUGGAAGUACACUUUAGGAUUCACAAUAAUAUGGAUAUAUGUGUUGCAAUUUAAAAGAUUUUUCCUGAUGUAAAAAAAGACAACAACAGUUGCAUAAUUUGGUAUUAGAAUUAUUGCAUACUCUUUGAGGUUUUCGAAUUCAAAGUACAUAAUUACAGAAACUUACACAUUAACAUAAUGUAUGUCUACUUGAUCCAUUUUUUGAAAAGUAGGACAAUUUUAUUCCUUAAAAGUAUAGUUUAUUCUAAUGAUAUUUUGCAGUAUUCAGCAUUGUUUUUGUCUAUUUUGUGACUUAUUUCUAAAAGUCCUUGUGCAGUGUAUGUUUCUUGGUUAGUUCAUAGCACAUAUUUUCAAAUGCCAUAAACAAUCUUAAGAUUAUAACUAUUUUAUGAUGAAAUAAAUCAUGUGAUACUUA